UCCUCUCUCGAGAUCCUCAUCUCGCCGCCCUUUAUCUCAUUUUUUGCGGGAACGGAGAAGGCGGCAAGGGGAGAGGAGACUAGGGUGGGAAGGAGUACGAGUGGGAAGUAAUCCAGCAAUCUGAUCCCUCUCCUCCGCAGUUGCAUUCUGUGAUCCGAUCUUAUCCCGGAGGUCUUUCCAGUCGGAGCAAUUCAGCCUUAAAAUUUUGAUCGUUCCCGUUCGAGCUUUUGAUUGUUUGGUUGAUUGUGUUAUCUGUGGGAGGAAAAUUUAAUUGGUUGUUCAGGAGAUCUUCGAACUUCGUGUUGAAAGUUUGUUUUAUUUGAUGCUUGUGACGAUGGGAUUUUUCUCAAGGAACGUCUAUCCUGCAUGUGAGAAGCUCUGCGUCUUUUGUCCUUCAUUGAGGACAAGUUCACGGCAGCCAGUGAAGCGGUACAAGAAGUUAUUAGCUGAUAUUUUCCCUAAAUCCAAGGAUGAAGAACCUAAUGAUAGGAAAAUUUCUAAACUGUGUGAAUAUGCUUCAAAAAAUCCACUCCGCAUUCCAAAGAUAACAACUUAUUUGGAGCAAAGAUGCUACAAGGAAUUGAGGUCUGAGGAGUUUGGCUCUGUAAAGAUAAUCAUGCGCAUUUAUCAUAAACUAUUAGUUUUCUGUAAAGAUCAAAUGCCACUGUUUGCGAGCAGCUUUCUAACCAUCAUAGAAACUCUGUUGGACCAACCAAGGCAGGAUGAAAUGCGCAUAGUUGGAUGCCAAACCCUUUUUUACUUUGUAAAUUGUCAGAUUGAUGGUACAUACAUGUUCAACUUGGAAGGCAUGGUUCCAAAAUUUUGUCAGCUUGCUCAAGAAAGCGAUGAAGGUCUACGUGCUGCAGGGCUGCAGGCCCUUUCUGCAAUGAUUUGGUUUAUGGGUGAAUACUCUCAUGUCUCUGGAGAAUUCGACAAUAUUGUUACCAUUGUCUUAGAAAAUUAUGGAAAUACUCAUAUAAGUUCUGAAGAUGUUCAAGAUACCGAGCAAGGCACACAGAACAAAUGGGUCAAAGAAGUCCUCAAAGCGGAAGGUCACGUGUCUCCUAUCCUUGGGGAACAUGCAAGGCUUCUCUCUUGGAAGAACCUCGUAAAUGACAAGGGAGAACUUUGUUUGACAUUAGAUGAAUACAAAAACUCCAAGUUUUGGUCAAAGGUUUGCGUGCAUAACAUGGCCAUGCUAGCCACGGAAGCAACUACUGUACGACAUGUUUUGGAGUCUAUCUUUCGAUAUCUGGAUAGCGGUAAUUUGUGGUCACCUCCAAACGGGAUUGCUUUUUCAGUCUUGCUUGAUUUGCAAAGGAUAAUGGAAAAAUCUGGACAAAAUGCGCAUUUGCUGUUAUCCAUACUGGUCAAGCAUCUUGACCACAAGACAGUCCAGAAACAGCUAGAAAUGCAGUUAAAGAUGAUCAAUGUCGCCACUCGUCUUGCUGGGCAAUCAAAAGCUGAGACUUCUCUGGCAAUUAUCAGCACAAUAACUGAUCUUGUUCGACAUUUACGAAGAAAUAUGCAGUGUGAAAUUGACAAAUCAGGUUUGAGCGAGGAUAUGUUGAAAUGGAACAACAAAUUCCAAAAAGCUAUUGAAGAAUGUCUUGUUCAGUUAUCCAAUAAGGUUGGAGAUGCUGGACCUGUUCUUGACAUGUUGGCUGUAGCACUGGAAAAUUUAUCAACUUCUGCGCCUGUCGCUAGAUCAACUGUUUCUGCUGUUUAUCGAACAGCUGAAAUAAUUACAUCUGCACCAAAUAUUUCCUAUCAGAAUAAGGUUUUUCCAGAAGCAUUAUUUCAUCAAUUGCUCUUGGCAAUGGUUCAUCCAGAUCGUGAAACCCAUGUUGGCGCACACCGUAUCUUUUCUGAUGUUCUCCUUCCAUCUUCCGUUCAAACUCAUGCUCUUUCUCCUACUUCAGAACUAGCCAAGCCAUAUAAUCUUCAUGUGACACUUUCGAGGACGUUGUCUGCCUUUUCAUCCUCAGCCGCUCUUUUUGAGAAGCUUAGAAGUGAAAUGCGUCCCUUUCGAGAUCAUGCAUCCAUGGAUGAUCUUCAUAAAAUCAACCACAGCAAUGAUGGUUGCGAUAUUAGUAAUGACAGCACAAAUGUUUUCAAACUUCAUUUAACUCAUAAUCGUACUUAUGCAAUGGAGGAAGACCCUUUUUUGUCUUCUUCAACAGAAGAACACAAUCCUCGGGGCAAACCUGAUGAGAAAGAACUGGACACACUGUUGCUUAGGUUGAGUGGUCAACAGAUCACCCUUCUACUGUCAUCCAUAUGGGCACAAGCUCUUUGUCCAGAAAAUACUCCACAAAACUAUGAAGCGAUUGCUAAUACUUAUGGCCUGAUACUUAUAUUUUCUCGUACGAAGAACUCAUUUCAGGACACUCUUAUUCGAAGCUAUCAACUUGCAUUUUCCUUAAGAAACACUGCCCUUCAAGAAGUUUCAUUGCCUCCGUCAAGGCGGCGUUCUCUUUUCUCUUUGGCAACGGCGAUGAUUGUGUUUUCAUCAAAGGCUUUUGAUAUAUUUCCUCUUGUUUCAAUUGCCAAGUCAUCCCUCUGCGAAAAAAUGGUUGAUCCAUUUCUUUCUCUAGUUGAAGGUUGCAAAUUGCAGUCUGUGGUCCCAAAAUCUAGCGCCCAAGUAGUUUAUGGUUCAAAAGAGGAUGAUGCUUAUGCCUCCAAAGCUCUUUCUGCAUCCAUAUUAGCUGAAGAUCAUUCUAUAGAGUCCAUGGUUGCUGUAAUUAUUGAUGAAUUUGGGAACUUAUCUAGUUCGGAGUCUUCUUUGAUGAGAGCUCAACUACUCAAAGACUUCUCACCGGAUGAUUUAUGUCCGUUAGGUAGUCUGUCUGUGCGGCUACCACUUCCAGGGAAGUUAGCACAAUAUGCUAAAGACCAUAAAUCUGAAAAAGAGGUCAAUUCUUCAGUUUUCCUAGAAGAGGACCUUUUUACUGAAGCAUCCGAUAGUUUUGUAGAUGCGAAUCCCGAGUUUUACAUGAAUACCAACCUUUUGAGUGUUAAUCAGCUACUAGAUUCUGUAAUCGAGACAGCUAGGCAAGCAGGAAUAAUUUCAGUAUCAACUACACCUGAUGUACCAUUUAAGGAAAUGGCUAACCACUGUGAGGCCCUUCUGAUGGGUAAACAACAAAAGCUUUCUGUUUUUGUAGCAUCCCAGCAAAGACAAGAAGUUUCUCAGGACCAUUAUAAUACAAUUCUGCAACAUUCAUCUUAUCCAAUUCAAUUACAAACGAAUGGAAAUCCUUUUAUUGAGCAAAAUCCAAACACAUGCCCAAAACCAAUCCUUUCUGGAACUUCACUCACCUGCUCCACUGAGUAUCAGAACCAAACCCAGUUCCUCAGACUCCCUGCAUCUUCCCCAUUCGACAACUUCCUCAGAGCUGCUGGCUGUUGAAUUUCCUCUUAGAUCCCAAUAGUCCCCACAAAUUCUAUUCCUUCAGUUCUUUUUUUUUCCUUAAUAAUUUUGUUGUAUUAUUUUACUCCUUAAAAUAUUCAUCCCCAGCUGUGAUGGGGGAGAUAGGGUUUGAUAAUUUGAUAGGAGUGGUCACAAUCAGGUGAUCAUGUAAUUGUAUGAUAUUUACAUUUAUAAGGUUGAAUUUGUUAAAUGUAUAGAUUACAUUUUUUU